GUAGUUUAGCACGGUGGCUACUCGUUCCUUGUCUGCCCAUUCCUCUGCUGGUUCAGGUCUCAUGUCUCUCGGUCUUUAACAGCAUGUUCACGCCGACAGGAGCUGCGAAAAGAAGCAGCUAACCUUUUAGAUUUGCUAAAGGAGGUCCACCCUGCUUGCCUGCACCAGGGUCUCCUUCUGGGGCUCAGUUCAAAAAGAACUGUUAUUGAUCUUCUGAUCUUGUUUGCUGUGAUUGGUCAACUUUUGGAAGCCUGCUGAGGGGCGGGAGUCACAGCUUGGGUGUCCCUUCAAUACUUUUUAUUCUAAUCUGUAUAAGUCGUUUGAGUCUGAUGUCACUGUUUCAGAGGUCAUGUUUCUGCACGAUGAACUCGGGCCGAAAGUGUCUUAAACUCAGCCUGUCCGGCCCAGCUCCUGCCGUCACUGCUACUACACUGCUGCAGUUCGCCUCCCAUGAUGCUUUGCUACAGGAGAAGGAGGAGGAGCAGCGUUACCAGCUGGUGGAGGAAGACACCACUGACUCCAGACUCAUCAUCACCAUGGAGGACAGCCAGGUGGAGAUGAAGGCUGCCAAGAAGAAGGCCGCCAGAAGGAGGAAGAGGAAACUGGCUGAGGAGGAGGAUCCAAGGGAUGGGGCCUCAGAGAGCGAGGAGGAGGCAGGAGUGGAGGUGGAGAUUGACAGACAGCUGGAUCAGUCACUGGAGACAAAGUCCAAACAGCACAACCUGACCACAGUGAACGUGAAAAACAUCAUCCACGAAGUGAUCACCAAUGAGCAUGUGGUGGCCAUGAUGAAAGCUGCCAUUAAUGAGACUGAGGCUGUCCCUCCAUUUGAGCCCAAAAUGACUCGAUCUAAGCUGAAGGAGGUGGUGGAGAAAGGCGUAGUGAUUCCAACCUGGACCAUCUCGCCCAUCAAGAAAACCAGUGACAUCGUCAAGGCUCCGCAGUUUGUCGACAUCCCUCUGGCUGAGGAAGACUCCUCUGAUGACGAGUACCAUCCCGAGGAGGAGGAGGAGGACGAGACGGCUGAAGACACGUUCCAGGAGAGUGACAUGGAGAGCACAGCUUCGUCUCCUCGAGGGACUCGGCUGCCCCGAGCUGAGGAGGACGGCUCCAGCCCAUGGCAGAAGUCGCGGAGUCGGUCCAGACUUGUGAGGGCAAGGUCUGUUUCCAUGGGGCCGCCCCCUCCCCCCAAAGCUCCACUUCCUAAACCUGUGACUGACAGGACCUUCCUGGAGAAGCUUCAUGCUGUGGAGGAGGAGCUGGCUGUUUGUAUGGAGCCCUAUCAGCCUCUGUCUGAGUCGGAGGAUGAGGCCGGUCUCAUGGCAUCUCGGACUCGGUCCAAACGUCCUCUCAGGGAUGUCCCGCUGGGCCGGCUGGAGGCAGAACUCCAAGCUCCUGACAUCACACCUGAUAUGUACGACUCUAGCUCCACCCACGAGGACAGGGAGUGGACCGAUUGGCUGAGAGGGCUGAUGAGCUCAGACAUGGACAAUGAAGAGGAGUGUGAUGAUGAGGAUGAUCCAGAGUACAACUUCCUGGCUGACAUUGACGAGCCCGAUGUAGAGGAUUACCGUGAUGACAAGGCUGUCCGCAUCACCAAAAAGGAGGUGAACGAGCUGAUGGAGGAGCUCUUUGAAACGCUGAAAGAGGACCUGGCUGGACAGGAAGUGGAUGAUGAAGGCCACGAGGAAGAGGAAGAGCCACAGGAGGAAGCACAAACAUUUCAGACCCACACACCUGAGGAGCAGCAGGACAGAGAGUGUCCUGAUGAUGAGGCUGAGGAUGGACCAAUCACAGAGCUGCGCACGGUGAAGCAGCAGCUGGCAUUGAUAAGAAGGAAACCGCUGACUGGAGUGCCACAUGACACGCACACAGAGCUGAUCAUGCUCAAGUUGAACGCUGAGCAGAGGAAAUGCCUGCAGCAGCAACUCCAACAGCAUGUCCAGCUACUUACUCAGGUUUACCUGCUGACCUCACUUGUGCCCAGACUGCACAGCGAAGCGGAGACCUGCCGGCAGUUCCUGUGUGAGCUAGACCUGCUGGCGCAGCGGGCCGAGCUGAUUGGUUUGUUGGCUCUUCCUGGUUUCUGUAGUGUCUUCAGAGCAUCCAACCUGCAGGUGGCGCUGCAGCUGCUGGAUGAGCUGCGUCAGGCUCCCAUCAGCUACCAGCCACAGCUUCGCCCCCGCGAUGCCCGGGGACGGAUGCGCUGCUUCCCCGUCAUGCCGGCUGAGCUUGCCUGGCUCUUUGCCACACGGCCCGUCUUCAUGUACCCGGAGCUGCUGCCUUGUGCUAGCCUAGAUCCCGCGCUGUACUGCCCCCGGAGGACGGCAGCCUUCACUCCGGCUGAGGACUGUCUGUUGGUGCUCGGCCUCAGGAAUAUGGAAGGGUCAUGUGACCCGCCCAAACUGGUGUCCCAGUUCCUGCUGAGGAAAUCUCUGGUUCAGGUUCGACGAAGGAUCCUGCAGUGCUGCCGGCCAGGUUUUCCUGACAACGUUGUCAAGACCUUCCGGUACCAGCGGCGGGUGCUCCCAAUGCCAGUGGCAUGUCGUCCCGUGAAUUUAGCAGACUGGCGACCUCCUGUGGAGAGAGAGGAGAGCGUCAUGCCUCUGUGGCUGCUGCGCUCUCUCCCCGUCAUCUACCCAACCAUUAGGCACUAUAAUAGCUCCGCCUCAAACAUCCCAACCCCCUCCAGAUGGACUGGAGCCCAGCAGAGUCAGCUGACUUCCCUGCACUCCGCCUCCAGCUCCUACAGCGUCCCCCCUGGGACCCGAUACCCACCCCGCCUCCCUCAGAACCUGGACUUCAGACGGAUCGGCUUUGUAUUGCUGAAUCAAAACCACAACCCCCCUCAUCCCCCCGACUCUGCCCCCUCUGCUCCCACUCCUCCUCGAGUCCUCCUUCACCGCCUGCUCCUGACCAGGACCGAUUCCCCCACUGACAUUUCCACUGCCACUGUGUCCAUGGCAACCAGAUAUCAAAUUAGAUGCUACAGUCAGAAACUUGCAGCCCUGAGGAGGGGUAGGGAACACAAAUCCUUUACACCUCCUUCCUGCGAUGACCCCACCUCCCAUCAGGUGACAGGGGAUGAUGUCAUCAGAACUGAUGAAGAGGAGGAGGAAGAGGGCGACAUCAUCCUGGUUCUGUCUGAAUCUUCACCCAGUGCUGCAGGAAGUGUUGCUGUCAGUGACGAUGUGCAGGAGGUGGGGUCAGAGAGUAAAGAGGACGGAAUCUUGACACCACCUAGAGGAGCAGAAGAAGACAGUGGUGCUCCUGAUGAAGAUGGAGACAGAAAAACUCAGCAGCCACUGUCAGAAGAAAGUGAAGAAGAUGAUCAGAGAGAAUCAGAAGACGUGCUGUUCGCUCAUGAUUAUCUCUACAGGGUUUAUGAGGCGGUGCAGAUGUAUCCGGGCUUGUGGGAGGAACUGUUGUGUGUGUUGGACGAGUUCUCAACUGCUGCAGUUGAUGUCCUGUAUGACAGAAUAAGCAGUGUGCUGCGGCCGUGGCCUCAGCUGCUCAGAGACUUUGCCGCCUUCCUGAACCGCAGACAAGCUCGCCGCUGUGGCCUGCUUCUGGAGCAGCAGCUAUUUGAACGCAGUCGAGUGUUUCUAUGGAAACUGAGAUGGAGCCUGGGAGAAAGCUCCUCACUCUACCAACAGGUGGUGUCAGUACUGCAAGGAAGCUCUGCCCCUUUACCUGAGGACAUAAACAAGCUCUCUUCUUUGCUCUGCCAUCAUCCUGACCUGCAGCAGGAACUCCGCCAGUUCUACCAGGAGUUCCACACCACAAACUCUGCUGCCCAGAGUUCCCCUGACAGGAACCAAGGCACCGACAGAGAGGAACAGGAUGAGGGGCAGCGGCAAGCGGUUUGUGCCAAAAACAUCACUUUGACAGCCACUGGGGAGAAAGUCGUCAUGUGGACACGUGAGGUGGACCGAGCUAUCCUGACUGCCUGUCAGGAGAGGGGAGCCACCUGGAAAACGUUUAGACAGGUGUCUACCCACCUGGGAAACAAGACUGCCCAACAGGUACGCCUUCGGUUCCUCGACCUGAUGAAGCUUUUCCACUCUGCAAAGUCCACUUCAUGUUCCUUUGAGGCACAGCCAAUGAGCAGGCAGGAUGCUCCAGACUGAGUCCUGGACCAGUUAGAGACCUGCAGAUAGACUACAGAGUCCAAAAUGAUGCGAAUCCGCCGCUGUCCAAGUUUGAGAAUCCAGUGGAGUUUAUUUAGAUGAAAGAAUGGAGUCUUGCAGGAGGCGCUCUGCUCACCUCUGCCAGACUGUUUAGAGAACGUGUCUAGAAUGUGUUGAGACGAGAGGAUCAAAGAGUUCCAUUCUAGAUCAGAGAUAGAAUGAUUCAGGAUACAUGUGAACCUCCUUGGCCGGCCUUUGGUUCUGGACUUUAGGUUUAGAGACUUAGCUGUGGAUUUAAAAUCUAGAACCAGUUAAAAGUUCUACAGCCUCAGGAUAACACUCUCUUCCUACAAUCUGGGUGAUGGUGGAUUCUUCAGACCUUUUUUCUCUGGAGCGGAUUUGAGGCUGAUCAAAGAGUUCAUUUGCAGGACUGUAGCUUACUGUGAAAGAGUUCAGAGACACUUCCUGUUUAUACUUCAACUCCGAUUUGUUGACCAAUCAGAGCAGAGCUUUAUUUAAAAAUUAUUUAUCAUUAAUUUAUCUCCUCUAGAGAGGGAGGGGCCUCUGUGGUCACAUAAUACAAAGAAGGAAAGUAGAAACCAGCUCCAGUCGGCUUAAACUGGGUCAUGUGACCUUGGUGAUGGGCCUGUCUUCUGGUUUCCCAUAAUGCUCUGCGUUGAGGGCACCUCAUCACUCCCAUGAUUCCAUGCUCUCAUGUUGGUGAAGGAGACAUUGUGUGAAGGUUUUGUACAAAUGUUUAUUCACAUUGAAUGAAAAUAACUCAUUAAAAUUUUUUUACUC